AUGACUGCACAAGUGUCGUUCCUGGACGGCACCCUUAGCCUGAUCCACAUACCCCUGGAUCUUUACUCUAGCCUCCUCCAGCCGAUACUCAAGAUCCUCCUUCCGCCCAGCCAAAACCCGAGCCAGCGUGCUACAGGGGGGUGGACCAUCGAAGACCACAGCCAUGGCUUCCUCAACAUCAGCGUUACCCCCAUCGAGUGCUCCAUCGUUUGCAACUCGUCCUGGGCUUCCUCCGUAUUUGAGCCGGCCAUCCAUCGCCUGCCCAAGGAUCAGGCCAAGACAGUUGCCAUCUCUAGAGACACAUACGUCGCUCUCAGCGUGUACGGCACGGACAUGGACGCGGGAUCGAGAGUUGCGGAGUUGACGUCGCCGUUGGCACUGGCUAAUAUCCCAAUAUUUUUCAUUACUACCUAUUACUCUGACUUCAUCCUGGUGCCAACCAAAGACCGCGAAGCGGUUGUCAAGACCCUCCUCGCCCGAAAUUUUGUCUUCUCCGACGACGACCAGUCGCGUCUCGUAUCCGCCAACCCUUCUCCCACGUCAACGGCUCAUCACUUGGGCCUUGGCACUGCCCGCGGCAGAGCACCAUCCAACCCGGAAUCUCAGGCCGACACCGUAAGCGACCUCCAGCAGCGCACCUUCGACCUCCUCAAGCGACGCCACGUGACGCCGCGCAUCGAGCCGGGCCUCACCCUGGUCCAGUGCAGCGGGAUCCGCGGCGCCGUGACCCCCUCCUCUCACCCAGGGCGCUCCCGACGCGGCAGCGGCGCCCCCAACGGUGGCUGUGGCGGCGGCGGCGGCAACGGGAGCAGCGGGUGCGGCGGCGGCGGCCCCGGCUGGGUGGACACGGUCGACACCAGGUUAUACACCGGCAUCGUCGCGGCGCUGGCUGCCCAGCCGCGCUUCCUGAGCGUCACGCUCGCGCAGGAUGACCCGCCGUCGUUGUUGGUGGAUAAGGCCCUGCUGAAGAUCUUUGGGAGCGCGCUGGUGGGUCCCAUGGAGGGAGCGCUGGUGCCCAUCUUUCUGGAUCUGGCCGACCUGCCGUUUGAGGCUACCGGCAUAGUGUCGGGCGUUGCGGGGAGGCUGGUGAGGGAGCUGAAUGCCGCGGCAGGGAGCGGGGGGAAUGGCUCCGCAGGUGUCGGUGUUGGGAUCGGACUGGGCGCCGAGUUGUCGUAUUUGUCUACGGCGAGGGCGGGCGCGGUGAUCUUGGGGCGGGAGCAGGCGGCUGUGGCGUUGGGAGUGUUGAAGCCUCUGCUUGCCGGGGAGGAAGGGAGUGAGGGCCCUAGUUGA